AUGACAGCCGUUGCUUCUACUGUCGAAGGCAAAGUUUGGUACUUUGAUGAUUUGCUGGAGAUGUCGCUCAACCCGAAGUUCCUUGGUCUAACAGGUGUCCAACACCGCUUGUUUGGCCAACUGCGUUCCUCGGUGUUAACCCACUAUACAACACCUUCUUCGCCCACUCACCAAAUCUCCCCUUACAAGAUGGAAGGUAUCAUACUAGGAGAGAAAAUAGGCCAUGGAGGCCAAGCAGAGACCUUCAAGGCCAAGAUCGGACGCGAGACUGUGGUGGUCAAGAGGUUCCUGAACCCCAAACAUGAGGACUGUAGGUGCGAGGCGGCCAUCUUCAAGCAGGUGUUCAACAGAACGCCAAUAUCCUCCUCGACAAAUAUGAAAUACUUUCUGACGGCUGAUGAGCUAGAGAAUGAGGAUGCUCAACGCGAUCUCGGUCACUUGUACAUCGAGGAGCGCGGCGUAAAGCAGGACUAUGCCAAAGCUAUGGAGUGGUAUCUCAAGGCAAGCGAUGCUAUAGAUCCGAGUGCCAAGUCCAACAUCGGCAUCAUGUAUUUUAACGGCCAUAGCAUUGAACAAGACUACGUUAAGACUAUGGAGUGGUGUCUCGAGGCGAGUAAUGGCGGAUCGACAGACGCCAAGUACAGCAUCAGUCAUAUGUACGAUACUGGCUUUGGCAUGAAGCAGGACUUUAGCAAGGCUAUGGAGUGGUUUCUCAAGGCAGGCUAUGCUGGACUAGCGUUGGCCAAUGGCUUCGGCGUGGAGAUAGACUAUGCCAAGGCUAUGGAAUGA